CGACCGUGCGGGAGCAACAAUCACAUCCGCGAUGGAGACCGUAAAUGCGGGACAUAUGAUGAGCUUGGCAGCUCUACAGAGACAAGACCCAUACAUAAACAAACUGCUCGAUGUUACUGGCCAGGUGGCUCUCUACAACUUCAACUCCAAAGCGAACGAAUGGGAAAAGACCGAAAUCGAGGGCACCCUGUUCGUGUACGCCAGGUCUGCCUCCCCUCACCAUGGCUUCACCAUCAUGAACCGACUGAGCACAGAGAACCUGGUGGAGCCGAUCAACAAAGACCUUGAGUUCCAGCUGCAGGAUCCCUUCCUGCUCUACAGGAAUGGCAACUUGGGUAUCUACAGUAUUUGGUUCUAUGACAAGAGGGACUGUCAGCGUAUCGCUCAGCUGAUGGUCAAGAUUGUAAAACAAGAAGCAGACCAUGCCCAGAGGGAGUCACCAGAGAGGGCAGAGCCGGGGAGGACCAAUGGCGUCGCAGAACCACGGCCCAUUGACAUCCUGGAACUGCUCAGUAAAGCCAAGGAAGAAUACCAGAGAGCUCAGGCAGGUGAAACAGAUGGGUCUACAAAGUCAAUUGUGAAAGCAGCUACCAACGCCACAGAACGUACCCACGGCACACCGCAAACCGAAAAGCAGAGCUCUCACACGAUGGUGAAGCAGAUCACAGUUGAGGAGCUUUUUGGUUCGUCCCUCCCUAAGGACCCAUCUCUACCUGCCAUGCCCACACAGAACACCACCGCUGCUUCCAGUGACCCCUCUGCCACCUACAUCCAGAACCAGUCUUAUCCCACUCCAGCUCAUCAAAACUCCGGGUCCAACCAGCGGCACCAAGCCCCUGGCCUGCUCCCAGCUCCAUAUGCACUGCAUCCCAGCCCUGUAUUCCAGGCAGUAGUCCCCAGGUCAGACCCCCAGCCUCGGUGCUCAGUUUCACCUCUCCUGGUGCCUCCAGCUGGCUCAGAGCCUCGUGCUGCUCCAGCUGGUCCAGCAGCAUCGCCAGCAACUUCUGCGGCUUAUUUGGAACAGGAAAUACUCAGUACGCUCAAAACAGCAGUGCCAGCUGUGAAUUCAGACAUCCACAAACCUAUCCUUGCACCCAGCUUCCUGCCAAGCACCCUGGUCCCACCCCACAGCUUCCAGGAGCCAAUGGGGAAACCUCUUCUCCAGCACAGCAAAGAGAUGGAGGUUUUCUCUCAGCCCCCAAACCUGGUCAAACCGAUGACUGCUGUCCCCAUGAGUCCAGGUCUUGCUGUUCCAGCACCCGAGAUUUCAGUGCUACUCUCCCCCAGCGCCUUCCAGCAGUCGAUCAGUAAGGCAACAACAGCUGCGGCAGCAGCAGCAUCAGUGGUCCUUCCUGCCCCCUCUGAGGCCUCCUCUACCUCUGUAGGAGCUGUGGAGCCUCCACCAGCGCCCUGCAGCAAAACACAGCUACAGGAGACUCUGAUACACCUCAUUAAGAACGACCCAGACUUCCUCAGUGCCAUUCAUGAUGCUUACCUGCAGACUCUGUCCAAGGACUUCAGCAACAUGAAGCUAUAGUCCCACUUCAGCUCUCAUCACUGUUUCUUUUAUUGCUACAACCCCUUUGCGACCUGUGAGAAAACCAGGAGUUAAUGGGAGUUAGAGAAGUGCAGCAAGCAGGUUGUUGACACACUGUACACCACGACUCUUCAAAGCUAGUCUGUGCUCUAAGGGUUAUUAUAGCAUGCACCUCACUGUUUAAUCAGAACUUUUUUUUUUUUUUUGGAGUCCUUACCUGAACACUGAUGCUGUCCUGGGUACUCACAUCAACACGGAUUGACUUUUUGUUGACGUAUGACAAGACAAGAACUACUGUGGGAGAGAGGGAUUAAACUUCCCCUUGUGGCCUUGAGGUUUUUUUUUUACUUCAGAAAUGAGAUGAAACUUUUGGCCAUGUUUUGGUAAAGUUCAGCUGUUGCUGUUGUUUGAUUCUCUGGAAGAGGGGUCCACAGUGGAGCUCAGACGACCUCAGAUCUUUUCAUGUUCGACCUUUGGACAGAUGAAUUUGCAGCUCAGAAUCACUGACACUGCUUUUCUCGCUCAUCUCACGUCUUUACUGCUUCUCGCAGUGCGAGAGUAUGGGAACACUUAUAAUGUGCUUAUACUCUUAUACUACUUACUAAGACAAAGACCUCUGUGUUGGGGACAUCAGAACUGUUUGGGGAGUCCUUGCAGGCAAACUGUCCACUGUGUGGCUUUAAAAAGGACGACUCAUCUUCCCAUUUUCACUUACUGAACUUUCUUCCCCAAAUGCUGAAACCUGUAUAUUUUUGGUAAAACCACAGAGACACUGAUCGGCCAUUAUAGUUUCUGUGGCAUUUUGUCUCUGUUGUAAUCUCUUAAUUGGGAGGAGCAUGUUGUUUUGUUUUUUUUUUUAGCCCUUGUCCAAGGAAGAUAAAGAACUUCCAUAAUUGUUUGGAGCAGCACUUACAUCUAAUACCUCGAUCUAAGAGUCAGUUCCUUACGGCUGUUUUUUUUUCUCCAUGUUACAUUACAGACUGUGACAUGUGACAAACGCACAAACUAGCUUCUUUGCGCCCCUUGCUUUCUCCACAUUGCUCCUUAUCCUUCUUCUCUCUUGCUUUGUUUUUCUCCUCGUCUGUGUCGUUCAUCUCUCCUCCUCCAGCUGAGCUCACAGUGCUUGUCGUUGGAGGGGAAUGUGCAAUAGACCACUGUCACAAUGGUAGAGCUAAGUUUAUCUGAACAUCAGAGUUCUUCAAAUGAUCUGUAAUUUGAACAUCACAAGCAAAAACCACAAAAAACCUGCUAUUAAUUUUGGAUUUUUAUGUUCACCUCUUUAAUAUUACAUUAAAAAACAGGGGAACUGAUGUGCUUUUGAUAGCUUCAGUCUGUUUCCAACUUCUUGAGUUUAUACAAGUAAUCCAAACUAAUGAUAAAAGAUAUAAACUACCUCUGUUCCUGCUUCUCAGUUUAUUUUACCAAGCCAGCACUAAGUGUGGUAAUUUGGCUUUUUUUUUUUUUUUUUGCAGUAAAAUGCUACUGCAGCACAGAACUGUACAACCCUGCAAAGCGCAGUUGGAACAGGAAGAAGCACAUCUGUAUGUCAGAAAGCUUUCAAAGAUUUAGAAAAAAAAAAGGUUUAUUAUUAGCAUUUGUGCAUUUCUAAAUACACAUAACAGGUUGCAAAUAGGUUUCAUUUGCCCUGUUGUCGCAAUAUGUUCAGCACAUACAUAAAAGACCAUGAAAACAGUAAGUUAUAAGGCUUUCUAAUAAAUGGUACAGUGUUAUUAGGGCCUAUUAUCAGUAGUUGGCUCAGUAGUACCUAAACAAUCAGUACAAGAGUAUUUCUAGAGGGAAACAGUUUCUUUUUAUUUACGUUUUGUUAACAACAUGAAGUGCAGAGAUUAUGAUUUGUGUCAUUUCACUUAAAAAAAAUAAAAAAUAAAAAAUCACAUUCUCCACAUUUACAAUUGGAAAUACCUGAAGGCGUGAUAUGAAUUUCUGCGUAAUUCCCAUGUCUUUAUUGUGACACCAUGACUUUGUAUUUGGUCCUGAUAUGUGAAUGUAUUUGAUGUUUACUCGCAGUAUACAUGUGCCAGUCUUGUUUUCCUCUGUUUCCUGGGUGUUUAAGUUGCGCUCAGAUCCACAUGAUUUCAACACAAACUGCUGUUAAACUUGUUUUUCUUUACCCCCUCCCCCUUAUUUUGGCAAAUUUUAAAUUUAAAGUGCAAAAAGGGUAUGAAACUAAAUCAAAUCAUGUGUACACUUCAUUUCCCUGUUAUCAUGUUUCAUUUCUGAGGUGAUUUGCCAACACUUCUGGCAUGUGUUGGCUAAAUAAACGCACACCGGCAGAAUGAUUGAAACGUAGAGAUUGUUUUUAAUUCCGGCCACAUAUUUAAGAUUUUAAAGUUAUUUUACAUUGUGAGAUAAUUUAUCCUAUUGGUCAGAGAUGUGAUUUUGAGAAAGUCAUUGCAAAUUACAUUAAUUUUCUAAGAUUGUUGUCACUGUUGCGUAAUUUGGUUUAUUUGGAGUAUUUUAUGAUAUUAAAGGUCUGAAAAUAGA